AUGGCCGUCCCAUUCGGAGUCAUCUAUAUCGCGCUGGCCGCAUAUACCUUGACUCGCUCCACCAUCAACAACUUCCUCCUCGUCUCGGUUAUCACAGCCCUGGCCAAGUUGGUGUACAACUUGGUCUUGUACCCAGACUUCUUUACUCCCAUCAAACACAUUCCCACACCCGCUACUCGGUCAUGGUUGAAGGGAAACACUCGUUCAAUCUUUAUUGAAUCUCCUUUCGCCCAGAUGCGAAAGUGGCAGAAGGAAGUGCCCAACGAUGGCCUGAUCCGUUACUAUAUUACCGGAAACCUGGAGCGGAUCCUGUUGACCAAGCCUAAGGCUCUCAGCGAACUCCUCGUCUACAAGGUCUAUGAUUUCCCGAAACCAGAAUUUAUCCGCAGUAAUCUGGCGCCCAUCACCGGUGAACAUGGCGUUCUCCUUGUCGAAGGAGACGAGCACAGGAAACAACGAAAGAAUCUUAUGCCCGCCUUUGCUUACAGACACAUCAAAGAUCUGUAUCCGAUCUUCUGGGCGAAAAGCACCGAAAUGGUCCGGACGAUCGAAAAAGACCUCAAGAACAGGACCGACCCCACGGACAAUGUCGUUCGUGUGGGCACAUGGGCCAGUCGAGCCACCCUGGAUAUCAUCGGAGUCGCAGGCAUGGACCACGAUUUCAAUUCGCUCCAAGACCCCGACAACAACCUCGUACAGCAGUAUCAUAAGAUCAUGACCGAGCACCCGAAAUACGUGAAGGUUGCCUUCGUCCUCGCCAUGGUAAUCGGAGUCCCCAACCUUGUCUCCAAGUUGCCCUUCAAGGUGAAUAUCCAGACGAAGGAAAGCUCCGAGGUGAUCCGGGCCGUAGCCCGCGACAUGAUCCGCCAGAAGAAGGAGAAGCUGGAGAACAAGACCGCCAAGAACAGCGUCGACAUCAUCUCCGUCGCCCUAGAGAGCGGCACCUUCACCGAGGACGACCUGAUCGACCAGAUGAUGACCUUCCUCGGCGCAGGCCACGAGACGACCUCGACCGCCCUCCAGUGGGCCGCGUACGCGCUCUGCAAGCACCCCGAUGUGCAAACCCGGCUGCGCGAAGAAGUCCGCAGCAACCUCCCUUCGAUCUCGACAGACAACCCCGAACCUCUCUCCGCAGCGACCCUGGACACGCUGCCUUACCUGAAUGCAUUCUGCAACGAAGUGCUGCGCUUUCACCCCUCCGUGCCCGCGACGAUCCGCAUCGCGGCCCGUGACACCACUCUCGUGGGCGCCCACAUCCCCAAGGGCACGUUGAUCCUGCUCGCCCCGGAAGUCGUCAACCAUAGCCACGAACUCUGGGGCCCCGACGCCGACCAGUUCAACCCGGACCGGUGGCUGGGUCCGGGAAAGGCCAACACCGGCGGUGCCACCAACAACUACGCAUUCCUCACCUUCAUCCACGGACCGCGCAGCUGUAUCGGACAGGGCUUUGCGAAGGCUGAGCUGGCCUGUCUGGUCGCCGCGAUGGUUGGCAAGUUCCAAAUGGAGCUGAAAUACCCCGAUGCUCCACUCGAUGUGCGGAGGGGAGCGACUGUGUGUCCGAGAGAUGGGGUUUUGGCCAAGUUCACCCCGUUGGAAGGAUGGUAG